UAAUAAAUGGCAAACGUCACAAUUUGGUUAAGUCUAAGCUCCUCUAUUCACUCUUUUCGUUUCGUCUUGAGUCUGCUCGAUGACUCAAGGGGGGGGUAACACAGUGGUGUUGAGCUAAUGAUACCAGCCCAGGCUUUUAUCUUGUGAGCCAUCAGCUCUUCUGGAGGCGAACUUUCUAAUGAACUCAUUAGUUUCAGUCACGACGCGGCUGCGCGGCUGCCGGGGCCGCCGCCGCCUGCCCUGCGCGCCGUUUUUAGCUGUCGCUUUAAGACCCAUUUCCCCCCAUUGUCAAAGCGGUGGUGAACAGGAAGAGGCGAGAGGGGGCGGGGGAACGGGUCCGACGUUAUUUAAACACGCCGUGCAGGGAGGCAUGCCAGGGGCUACAUGUGGAGAGCAGAUCUGCGGUCGAUCCGCAGGAGUUGCCCGCUGAUCGGAUCAGAUUCUCGGCGUGUUGGCCGUCAGUGAAGCCGCCGCAGGACAGGAAAGGCAUGGAGGUGUCACCGCGGGUUAUCGCCUCAGGAAACGAUGACAGCGUCCUCCAUCAGCGCCUAGCUGCGUGAAGUGAAGACAUCAUCUGCGACCGAUUCGUGUGGGAUUUUGAUUUUUGUUUAUUUCAGACCAAGAAAAGCAAAACAAACCUACAUAUUAGAGAGCAGGAGCAGGUGCAGUGCGCCCUCCUGCAGGUUGUGGACUCAGAUCUGAAGCUUCUGCAAGAAUGGCAUCUACUAUAGAGAGGAAAACACUGGAGGCCAAUGAGGAGCCGGUGGACGAGGUGCUCCAGAUGCCGCCGUCGCUGCUGACGUGCGGCGGCUGCCAGCAGAGCAUCGGCGACCGGUUCUUCCUGAAGGCCAUCGAGCAGUACUGGCACGAAGACUGCCUGAGCUGCGACCUGUGCGGCUGUCGGCUGGGGGAGGUCGGCCGCAGGCUCUACUACAAGCUGGGAAGGAAAUUAUGUCGGCGGGAUUAUCUCAGGCUCUUCGGUCAGGACGGACUCUGCGCCUCCUGCGAAAAGAGGAUCCGGGCGUUUGAGAUGACGAUGCGCGUGCGGGACAAGGUUUACCACCUCGAGUGCUUCAAGUGCGCCGCCUGCCAGAAGCACUUCUGCGUCGGGGAUCGCUACCUUCUCAUCAACUCGGACAUUGUGUGUGAGCAGGACAUCUUUGAGUGGACCAAGCUCAACAACAGCAGCGUGGUCUAGGGCGAUUUCUGAGGCACUUUUCUGGCUGUUUGGAUGAACAAACGUCAUCAGGCCUGAAGAAAGGAAGGCAUGUUCUUGCAAUAAGCCUGGAAUCAAAGGAGGAGAGAAGCUGCAUCUCAGUGUUUCUGCAUGCAAACCUGCACUUAUGAUCAAAUGGUUUAUAAUCCAAAGCUUCCUUCUUGAAAGAAAAAAAAACUUUAAGACUGAACAUGUUUAAAUUUGUUAUACACUGGAAUUUCUAAUGAUAUAAAUGAACAAAGAAGCAAAAUGUCUUGGGUUUGUUUAGACGUCAGACUUCCUGCUGAGUAAGAACACUGGUAAGCUUCCUUUUGCUGAUUUUGUAUUUUUAAGUCUUAAUCAUAUGAUCUUAAUUCUUUUGUCUGUGG